UUGUUGGAUGCUGGCUGUUUUUACGCAUGCAGGGAGAAAUCUGUGGUGACACCUGAUCGACUGGCUUCUCUUCACACAUUGACCCGGGAGCUCCAGGCGAAUCCGAGCGAGGGAAACACGCAGAUACUCGGUCAAUGCUCGGCCUGCGCUCCUGAUUCUGUUUGUGCGAGUGCUUUAUCGUUGGGGGGUUGUGUCGCCCAACCAGAGCCAUGGUCCACUGCGCCGGCUGCGAGAGGCCUAUCCUGGACCGCUUUCUGCUCAACGUGCUGGACAGAGCCUGGCACGUCAAGUGCGUGCAGUGUUGCGAGUGCAAGUGCAAUUUGACAGAGAAAUGUUUUUCUCGAGAGGGAAGACUGUACUGCAAAAACGAUUUCUUUAGGCGGUUCGGCACCAAGUGUGGCGGCUGUUCUCAAGGAAUCUCCCCCAACGACCUGGUGCGGAGGGCCCGCAGCAAAGUGUUUCACCUCAACUGCUUCACCUGCAUGAUGUGCAACAAGCAGCUGUCCACCGGAGAGGAGCUCUACAUCAUAGACGAGAACAAAUUCGUUUGCAAAGACGAUUACCUGAACAACGCCAGUGUGAAAGACACCAACCUCCUCUCAGUCACGGCGUGCAGCGACCCCAGCCUGUCCCCGGACUCCAGGACCAGCUGCAGGACGACGUGGUCCUGAAGGACACGGAGGAUCGCGGCCUUGUCCGACAAGGAGACCGUCAACAACGAGAACGACGACCAGAACCUGGGGGGUAAAAGGCGCGGCCCGCGGACCACCAUCAAGGCCAAGCAGCUGGAGACGCUGAAGGCUGCGUUCGCCGCGACCCCCAAACCCACGAGGCACAUCAGGGAGCAGCUGGCCCAGGAGACCGGCCUCAACAUGAGGGUCAUCCAGGUCUGGUUCCAGAACCGCCGUUCCAAAGAGAGGCGCAUGAAGCAGCUGAGCGCACUGGGCGCGCGCAGGCACGCCUUCUUCCGGAGCCCGCGGCGGAUGAGGACGCUGGUGGACCGGCUGGAGCCCGGGGAGCUCAUCCCCAACGGGCCCUUCUCCUACUACGGAGAUUAUCAGAGUGAGUACUACGCCCCGGGAGCGAACUAUGACUUUUUCCCUCAGGGGCCCCCGUCGUCGCAGGCCCAGACCCCGGUGGACCUGCCCUUCGUGCCCUCCUCGGGCCCCACGGGGACCCCGCUCGGAGGCAUGGACCACCCCCUGCCGGGACACCACCCGUCCAGCGAGGUGCAGCGCUUCUCCGACAUCAUGUCCCACCACCCGGGGGACUCUCCCAGCCCCGAGCCCGGCAUCCCGGGGCCCCUGCACAGCAUCUCCUCCGAGGUGUUCGGCCCCAGCCCUCCCUUUACCUCACUGUCGCUCAACGGCAGCGGAUACAACAACCACCUGUCCCACCCGCCCUCGGAAAUGAACGAGGGCACGGUGUGGUAGCCGUCUGAGGACUGGACUGGGAUUCAGCGACGGAGGACGUCCAGGUCCGCUGGGGUUCAGAACAGGGACACGGAUAACGACAGG